UCCGUAACCUCGUCUGGCAAACAACCAUAGGCUCCAGCAGCGAGAGACCAGAGGAGCACCAUGGCGUCUACGUCGUCUCGACCCAUCGUUAUACAUACGACACCACCUUUGCAGCCUCUGCCUGCAUCAGAUGCCCAAUCAAUCUAUUACAUCGCUCUUUUCCAGCUGGCCUGCCCGGGACGAUGGGCUGCAACCGUAGCGGACUGGGCAGACAACGGUGGCGCUCUACCAUACAUAACGCACCUCGAUCACUUGAUUCAGCCUCAUCACCUCUUUUCCUUACCUAACUUCACUCAUCCUGAUGAGCAUCUCUCCUCAACACAAAGGGCAGAAGCGGAAUGUUGGACAGCAUUCAUUCACGGCAAGGUGACGGAUCUCGUCCAUCACUCGCUGUACUCCCUCCCUCACAAUUACUCAGCUUCGGUUGGCAAGGCACACCUUUCCAACCUCACAUUUCCGACAUCCCAAUAUAUUCCCCAGAGGCUGAGAGGGAUGCACAAGGCCAGAUUACAACAUGUUGGGCUAUGGGGUCUCGGAGGGAUGAAUGAGAAUGACCUCGCUGUAGAAGAUCAGAAACGGUUGGAGAAUCUAUAUGUUACAGCUCCUGGAGGCACAGUCGCACCGCGAGCUUGGAACGGAUGGAAGUCGGGUCGCGAGUUUGAAGAUCGUCGUAGGAAAGUUGGAGAGAAUGAGCUUCGUAACAUUCUACGGAACGCCAUGGACCCGCUGAAGCGAUUGUUGGGAAAUAAGCCCUACUUCUACGGUGAAAGGCCCUGCAGCAUCGAUCUCUGGCUCUUUGCAAAUUUGUCCCUCAUCAUCACCACUUCCUUGCCCAACCCUAUCUUUGCCGACCUCCUACGUGCGGAGUACUCAGGCCUGAUCCAUCAUCACGACAGACUUCUUCAGCUCUUGUUCCCUGUGACCUCGGAAUCCAGAUCAUCGAAUUACGUUUCCAGCUGGAACCAGACACCGACAAUCACGUCAAGCACGCCUAAACUCUCCCUGUGGCAGACUAUCCAAGCUUCGUUGACAUGGUCCUCUAGCCCUGCUGAAGCGAGUCCCACUUCGUCACGAACGGAAAAAAAGAAGCUGAACAAGUCGGAAAGAGAUUUUAGAAGGGCCAGAUGGCUGUGGUAUGCUGGAGCGCUCGGUAGUAUGGUCGUCUACCUGUUUGCGAGCGGCUUAAUACAGAUCGAGUAUGUGGGAAAAGAGGAGGAAGACUCGAUGGAGGAAAUAGAAGAUGAAGAGGAAGAGCUGUCGGAUGAUGAUGAGGAGCUCGUGCUGGAUCCCGAGGAGGAAGAGGACAUCAUUAUUGUCGUCGAGCCUGAAGAAGAGUUAGAGUCUGCAGAUGUCGAACCUGACCAGGAGGGGCCCAAUCCUGCUCCGAAUGAAGAAGGGCUGGAAGAUAUAGCAGAAGAAGUAGCUGAGGAUAUUGAGAAUCCCUAUAAUGACAGAGAGGAUUGA